CGGAGGCAGGCGGGGCGGCCGAGGACCCGGCUCUGGCAGAGCUCCGAGGGUCCGGCCGGCUGUAAUUCCCCCCUAAUCCCCUGCACGGCGGCGCUUCCCCGGCCGAGCCAUGGCCGCGGCUCCCCCGCCAUGCCGAGCCUAGCGGGGAGCGGGCGGAGCGGCGCCCGGGAGGCGCACAAAAUGAAGACCCUGAUGCGCCACGGGCUGGCCGUCUGCUUGGCGCUCACCACCAUGUGCACCAGCUUGUUGCUCAUGUACGGCGGCAUCGGAGGCGGCGGCGGGGGCCGCCCGGAGCCUCGGCGGCGGCAGCAGCAGCAGCAGCAGGUGGCGGCGGUGCCCAGCAGCCCGCCGGGACGCGGCCAGCACCGGCCGGCGCUCCCCGUCGGGGCCGGACUCCUGGAGGGCUACAUCAGCGUCCUGGAGCAUAAGCCUUUAAAAAUGCACUGCAAGAGCUGUGCAUUGGUAACCAGUUCUGGACACCUUCUGGGAAGUAAACAAGGUGACAGAAUCGACGAGACGGAGUGUGUAAUACGAAUGAAUGAUGCACCUACUCGAGGUUAUGGACAGGAUGUUGGGAACAAAACAAGCCUUCGAGUCAUUGCACACUCCAGUAUUCAGAGGAUUUUGCGAAAUCGCAACGAACUCUUAAAUAUGAGCCACGGUGCUGUGUUCAUCUUCUGGGGUCCUAGCAGCUACAUGAGGAGAGAUGGUAAAGGCUUGGUGUACAACAACCUGCAGCUGAUGAAUCAGAUACUGCCUCAAUUAAAAGCAUACAUGAUUUCUCGCCACAAGAUGCUUCAAUUUGAUGACCUUUUUAAACGGGAAACUGGGAAAGACAGGAAGAUAUCCAACACUUGGCUUAGCACGGGCUGGUUCACAAUGACUAUCGCAUUGGAGCUGUGUGACAGGAUAAAUGUUUAUGGCAUGGUGCCACCGGAUUUCUGCAGGGAUCCUAAUCAUCUUUCAGUACCUUAUCAUUAUUACGAACCUCUGGGACCUGAUGAAUGCACAAUGUACAUUUCUCACGAGCGGGGACGAAAGGGCAGCCAUCAUCGUUUCAUCACAGAGAAACGAGUGUUUGAGAACUGGGCGAGGACAUUCAAUAUUCACUUCUUCCAACCAGACUGGAAACCAGAACCACUUACUGUAAAUCACCCCGAGAUUAAAGCAGCGGUCUGAAGGAUGAAUGCAUAAGACUGCAACCACAAUCACCGACUGCAUCAGCCAUCAGGGUGUUGGACCUUUUGGGACAGCAAGGCAACUGACAGCAAAAGGGUAACAGGAUUUGCAGCUGAUAACUGCAGCAAGUCAGGGAGUUCCGAUGAAGGAGUGUAUCGAGAGUACUUUCUUUUGAACUGUGUGUUAAUCCAGUAUAUUGCCUUUUUGGCCAUCUGACUUCCUGUACGUGUGUGUGAUUUGUGAAAAGCAACUUGGUAUCAUUAACGGGAUGGGUAAUUCAUUAUGGUUUUUUAAAGUACAACACCACGGAAUUUUCAUAGUGAAAACUGACAGUAUUUAUUUAAUGGAGGUUUUUAUGCAACCUAGGCCAGUAUUUUUCUAGUUCACAGUUCUGUGGUUGUUGAUCUUUCAUAAUCUUUCAAAUCCAAAAUUAAUAUUGCUGAUGGUUUGAAAGGCCUAGCUUUUUAUUUAUAAAAUUCGUUUGAAAAAUAUGAUUCUAUAUAGCAUGUAAUUAAUAUUUGAUCUGGAAAUGUUUCAUUUCUUUUAAAAAUUUUGGGCUCCAUUCCAGCCUAAAGCCUUUAACAGCAAGAAUGGUCCCAU